GGCGUGGUGAUUUAAAGCUCAGCUGCCUAAACAGCGGGGGAGGUAGCGCCUCUGUCUGGAGCUCUUCUUCCGGCCCGGGGGGUGCGCCCGGCCUCGCAGCUACGCGCGCGGUGGGACCGACUGUUCCGCGUGGGUAGUUAGAGCGUCUUGCUGAGGGACCGCUCAGGGUAGAGUGGCCCAUGGACGCUACAAAAUGCUCUAACUACGUAUGCUAACCAGUCGGUUCCCCCUUGUGUUUUGCUGCUGGCUUGGAGGCUGUUCCCCAGCCCUGAAGAAGAGCUCUGUGUCGCUCAGAAAGCCUUUUUCUUUCACCAGCAGAAGUUUGGUCCAAUAAAAGAUCUGAUCUCACCCAGCAAAGAGUCCUGUGGCACAUUGUAGGCUAACAGAUAUAUUGGAGCAUGAGGUUUUUGUAGGUGAAUAUCCACUGCACAAGAUUCUUCACUGCUUUUACAGGAAACAGCUAAAACAUGGCCAAAAUGACUAAUCUGGAAGAAGCUGAAGUACAACUUUCUGAGUUAGACCUACUUUCUAGUAUGUUUCCUGAUGAAGAUGAGUUUAUUGUGACUGAUCAGCUGGCUGUAGCAGAACUAAAACAUUAUAUUGAUAAUAAGACGUCAGAGAUCCCAUCUUCAAAAGUUCAGUUUAUACUGAAUGUAAAACAAGAGGUUGCUGAUGCCACUAUGGUAAUGCUUUCUUUAUCCUGUGCUUUACCACUUAACUACCCAGCUGUUCUACCAGAAAUUAUUGUCAGGUCACCAUCAUUAAGCCGAUCACAGCAGAUUCAGCUGAACACAGAUCUAAAAACAUACUUGAAGCAAAACUGCAGUGGUGAGGUCUGUGUAUUAAAUGCAAGAGAAUGGGUUAAAGAUCAUGCAGCUGCUUAUAUCGAUAAGGAGCUUUCAUCUUCCUCAGUGACGACAUUGAGGACUAUACAGUCAGAAGAUGUCAUUUUCACUAGAUUAUGGAUCUAUAGUCAUCACAUCUACAACAAGCAUAAAAGAAAGAAUAUAGUUGAUUGGUCUAAGGAGCUCGCUCUGACGGGGUUUAGCAUGCCUGGGAAACCAGGUGUCAUUUGUGUAGAAGGCCCACAGAGUACUUGUGAAGAAUUCUGGUCAAGAGUCAGAAGAUUAACAUGGCGGAGAAUUUUAAUUCGCCACAGAGAGGAUAUUUCUCUGGAUGGGUCACAUGCUGAGAUGCAGAAACAAAGAAAAUUCUCAUCUUUUGAAGAAAAAGUAUUUGAUGCACAUGGGGCCAGAGGAAAUCAUAUGGACCUGGGGCAGCUCUAUCAUUUUUUAGAUGAAAAGGGGUGUGCUGAUGUUUUUCAGAUGUACUUUGGAGUUGAAGGAUGUUAGAUCAGCAAAGAUCCAAUCAAUGAACUUGAAAAAUUAUGUGACAAUCUUGGAUAAAUUAUUCUUUUCCCCUCUGAAAUAGUUGAUCAGUGAGGGGAAUGAUUACUGCUGCUUUAUAAGAUGAAUUCAGUUUUCCGUGAAAAUGAAUAAUGGUCGUGAAAAUGACUAUAUGAAUGCUUUAAUAUAAAGAUAUUUUUAAGGGAAAGAUAUAAUGAUGCUAAUGACAAAGACAACAACAAUAAACCAACAACAGCUUUUUGAUAGAUGCUAUAUACUAUUUAUAAUCUGAAUUAUUAAAAAUUCACCUUGGAGAAGUUGAUUAUAUCUAUGUAAUAUAGUAAAAAAGAUCCAGAUGUU